GAGCUGUUGUAUCUGCGGGCGCUGUUGGCUGUGAAAAAGUGUCGGCCCCCAGACGAGGCGACCAAUCUGUUAAACGACACGGUGGACACGCACUUUUCCGCCCUGCAGGGUUUGCCUCUCAGCGUCGAGUACUUUGAGAAGCUCAACCCCGACUUCCUGCUUGAGAUUGCCAAGGAAUACCUGGCGCUGUCUCCUGCUAAGGCUCCAGCUCCUGGUCAGCCUCCUGCGCCUCAGCUGCAGCACUGUGCAUCUGUGCUGGACACGGUGGUCAAAGUAGUGCCUGGACUGAUGCAGGCCGUAUUUCUAAUGGCCAAAGUCCGAUUUCAGUCAG